AUGGAAGAGAAAAUUCCCAAUGGGAAGGCAGACAUCAGACUAACCCCAGCUUCGGUGCCGGAAAAUGCCUUUAUCGCAAGCCCGCCCCUGGCAGCUGAACAACAAAUGGAGCUGGUCUCUGAGGCAUUCAUGCCGCAGCCUCCUAUGGAUGCGAUGCACUCUGUGGCUCCUACAUCUCCGGUGGCUUCUAGCACUAGACAUGAAGCAGUAACAGAUACGGAUAAAACUCAGGCGACAUGUGAACAACCCAAUGAGAAUUAUACUGUGCCAGUGAGCAGUGAUGCUGCUGGAAAUGCCAGUGCACAACCUGCGGGUCAAACGCCAGCCUCGCCUAAGAAACCGUCGAAAAGGGAUGAAUACAAGAAGACAUUGUCAAACUUCACUCGAAUAUUUUCUUAUUCUUCAAGAGGCGAUUGCGUUAUUCUGAACGCGGCGGUCGUGGCGGCGAUUGGUGCGGGUCUCACAUUUCCUCUGUUGAUCAUCGUGUUUGAGACCAUCACUGGCAUUUUUAACCAGAGCGUGCUUUCCAUCGUCUAUCUAUUCAUAGGAAGAUUGGUCCUUGGAUACAUCGCAACUUUAGGCUUCCGCACAGCAAGCCUGCGCAUAUCAUCUGCAAUGCGACUAGAAUACCUCAAAGCCAUCUUGGGGCAGACAGUCUCAUUGCUAGACACCCAGCCCUCGGGCCAAAUCGCCUCCAUCGUCACAACAGUCACGCACACAUUGCAGACGGGCAUAGGCGAGAAGCUAUCCCUUCUAAUCCAAAGCAUCUCCCUAAUCGUCUCUGCGGUAAUCAUUUCAUUAAUUCGCAGCUGGAAGUUGACCCUUGUGACAAGCUGUGGCUUAUUUGUGAUUACGAUCUGCUAUUGUGUUACGAUUCCGUUCGUAUUGAGCAACAUGAAGGAAAUCGAAGAGUCAAACGUCAAGGCUUCGGCUGUGGUGAGUGAGAGUCUAGGCGCGAUACGUAUGGUUGCGGCUUGUGGGGCCGAAGAGAAGAUGGGGAUGAGGUAUCAGCACUGGGUUGAUGAGUCAAGGGAGAAGGGGAUGUGGUUGUCGAAAAUUAUGGCGGUUCAGCAGGGGACUAUCUUCUUCAGUGUCUACGCAACAUUUGCUCUAUCAUUUUGGUACGCGACACGAAUGUUGCUGAAAUCGGAAAUCACGAAUGUAUCCACACUUAUCAUCGUGUUGAUGUGUGUCAUGAUGAUUGUGACAGCUGUCGGAGGUAUCGCUGCACCAUUUUCCGCUGUUGCUAGAUCUGCCGGCGCCGCAGGAAUUCUCUUCAUCGGCAUAGAUGCACCCCGGCCCAUAACGACGGGCCUCAAAGACCCAGAUGUCUCGGCAACCGGCGACAUUAUGCUAUGCAACGUCAAUUUUACCUAUCCUAGUCGACCGACGGCAAAGAUUCUAGAUAAUGUCAGCUUCGUGAUACCUGCUGGCAAAGUCACUGCUAUCGUUGGACCUUCUGGCUCGGGCAAGAGCACUAUCGUGGGGCUGAUUGAACGUUGGUAUGAUCUGGAUGGAGACAUGGAUAAAAAGAUGCUCAUCCUGUACUUUCGAAACGGCUUCAUCCAGACCGGUGGCAAGAAUCUGCACGAACUCGACCUCAAGUGGUGGAGAUCCCAGAUUGGACUCGUGCAGCAAGAACCAUUUCUCUUCAAUGACACGAUAUUGAAUAAUGUUGCAUUUGGUCUUGUGGGGACCGACUGGGAACGUGCUCCUCAUGACAAGAAAAGAGAGCUCGUUGAACAGGCUUGCAAGGAAGCAUUCGCAGAUGAGUUCAUCUCCCGUCUGCCAGAAGGGUACGACACUUCAGUUGGCAACUCAGGAAUCAAGCUCAGUGGCGGCCAACGGCAAAGACUCGCUAUAGCUCGCAGUAUUGUCAAACAGCCCAAAAUUCUCAUUUUAGAUGAGGCGACAAGUUCGAUUGACGUGAGGGGUGAGAAAAUGGUGCAAGCUGCCCUGGACAAAGUUGCUAAGAAUCGCACGACUAUCAUGAUCGCCCACCGGCUGUCGACGGUGAAGAGAGCUGAUAAUAUCGUCGUGUUACAAAAGGGGAAGGUUGUGCAGCAGGGAACGCAUGAUAGUUUGAUGGCGCAGGAGGGCGGGGCGUAUUGGCUCUUGUCUAACUCACAGAGACUAUUGAUGAGCGAAGAAGCGGAUGAGUCCUCAGAUCUCCCUGAUGCUGAUGUUAGAGGCAAGGACAUCUUGGUGACUCACACAGAAGCCAAGACAGAGCCUAGUGACAGUGCGAGUGCGGGUUCACACGAAACAGCAUACAAGCCAAAGGGGACGUUCAGGAGCUUCGGGGCAAUGCUCGUGGAGCAGAAGCCGUUUUGGCCGUGGUACACCAUCAUGCUAGUUGGCGCACUGAUUGCCGGAGCAAGCGCCCCGUUGCAGGCAUUGAUGUUUGCCGCUCUAAUAUCCUCGUAUUCUUACUGGGGUGACUACCUGGUGGCACUCACUAAUUUCUGGUGCCUCAUGUUUCUGAUUCUUGCCAUUGCUGUCGGCAUCGGAUAUUUCGCUCUGGGCUUUGCUUCGACACGAGUCGCUUUCCUAAUAACCACGGUCUAUUGCGCCGAGUACUUCCAAAACAUCCUCUCAAAACCCAUCCCCUUCUUUGACACCGAGAACCACUCCACCGGCACUCUAACCGCCCUCAUUUCCACCGAUCCGGCCCAACUACAGCAGCUCCUCGGUAUUAAUAUGGCUUUCGUCACCAUAUCUGUUCUUAACGUCAUCGGCUGUCUAACGAUAUCCUUCUACUUCGGCUGGAAGCUGACACUCGUCGCUAUAUCAUCCGCUAUGCCGCUCGCGCUUGCGGCGGGCUUCUUCCGUAUCCGUUGUGAGAAAGGCUUCGAGAAGCUGACGCUCGAGGUCUUUUCUGAGAGUGCAAAGUUUGCCACCGAGGCGGUGGAUGCAAUUCGGACCGUUACUGCGCUGACUCUUGAGGAUAGUAUCUGUGCUAGGUACGAGAAGUUGCUUCGGGAUCAUGUUUCGAAGGCGCUAAGAAGAGAUCGUUAUACAACGUUGGUGUUUGCGGCUAGUGAUAGUCUGCCGUUGCUAUGCAUGGCUUUUGUGCUUUGGUAUGGAAGCCGGCUACUUGUCAGUGGCGAGUAUGGGACGUUCAACUACCUGAUUGUAUACAUCGCAGUUAUACAAGGUGCAAUCGGUGCAGGUCAAUGGUUGAGUUUCGGGCCAAAUAUUUCACAAGCCACCGUUGCUGCCAAUCGUAUCCAGGAGACCAGAGUGAGAGACAAGGAUGAAACCUCUCAGACUACGUUGAAUGAUAAUGUUGUUCAUAUGGAAGAAAAAGGGGUCAAGAUCGAGCUGCACAAUGUUUGGUUCAAGUAUCCAACCAGAGAUGUGCCUGUCUUGUCUGACUUGAACAUGACGAUUGAGAAAGGGCAGUUUGCAGCAAUCGUCGGACCGUCAGGAUGUGGGAAAACUAGUAUUAUAUCCCUCCUAGAAAGAUUCUACAAACUCAACUCCGGCCAAAUUCUAUUCAACGGCACCGACAUCUCCACCAUCCCACUCCAAGCCCAUCGCAAACUCAUUUCGCUCGUCGCCCAAGAACCAUCCCUCUUUGAAGGCUCCAUACGAGAGAAUAUCCUGCUGGGUGUGGAUGAAACCACCACUCUGGACUCCGUCCUGUAUCAAUCCUGCCGCGAAGCUGAAAUUCACGAUUUCAUCGUGUCCCUUCCCGAAGGGUAUGACACCAAAGUCGGCACGAAAGGCGUUCUACUCUCGGGCGGACAGAGACAGCGCAUCUCAAUCGCCAGAGCGCUGAUCAGAAAUCCGAAAGUUUUACUGCUGGACGAGCCGACCUCAAAUCUGGACUCAGAGACGGAGAGGUUGGUGCAGGAGGUUUUGCUGAGGAAUAGAGAGGACAGGACGGUGGUUAUGGUUGCGCAUCGAUUAGCGACUGUGCAAAAUGCAGAUGUGAUUUUUGUGCUGGGCGAUGAGGGAGUGUUGGAGAGAGGGACGCAUGGGGAGUUGCUGCAGAGGAGCGGGCUUUAUUACAGCAUGUGCCAAUCUCAGGCUCUAGAUCGGCAAUGCCCAGAUUUGUUUGAAAAAGGUUUUGGAGGAGAGGUUUGA